AAACGGCUGGGCUUGGCCUGCUCACAUGGCAGAAGCUGGGGAGCACCCCAGCCAGGCGAGGGGCUCUUCCCCUCCCCCCACUCCGCCAGGCGCAGGUGCCCCGGGAGAGACCGGGGAGCUGGACCUGCACAGCGGGGAGCCGUCUGCCGCCGCGGGCGGGCUGUAAAACGGAGACGCCCGAGUUCUGGAAACCAAGCACCGGCCCGGCGUCCGGUGAGCGCCGCCCCAGGAAACUACUUUGCUUCCCACUUUUUCAUGGGCGGCGAGAAGUUCGACACCCCCCACCCUGAAGGGUACCUCUUUGGGGAGAACAUGGACCUGAACUUCCUGGGCAACCGCCCGGUCCAGUUUCCUUACGUCACCCCGGCACCUCAUGAGCCCGUGAAGACGCUGAGGAGCCUGGUGAACAUCCGAAAAGACUCCCUCCGGCUCGUGAGGUACAAAGACGACGCCGACAGCCCCUGCGCGGACGGCGAGAAGCCUCGGGUGCUCUACAGCCUGGAGUUCACCUUCGACGCCGACGCCCGCGUGGCCGUCACCAUCUACUGCCAGGCGGUGGAGGAGGCGCUGAACGGGGCGACCGUGUGAGUCCCGGAGCAGCCGGGCGCCCCAGGAGAAGCCAGAGCCUGCCCUGCCGGCCGGCCCCAGUGCUGGCCCCUCCCGUCCGACUGCUCUUGCUUCUCUCCUCAGCUCAACUUCGACCUGGACCGUGGCGUCUUCCCAGUGGUCAUCCAGGCUGUGGUGGAUGAAGGGGAUGUUGUGGAGGUGCCUGGCCACGCCCACGUGCUCCUGGCCGCCUUUGAAAAGCACAUUGACGGCAGCUUCUCCGUGAAGCCCCUCAAGCAGAAGCAGAUCGUGGACCGCGUCAGCUACCUGCUGCAGGAGAUCUACGGCAUCGAGAACAAGAACCACCAGGAGACCAAGCCCUCUGCCGCAGCCUUCCGCGCCCUCCUGCAGAUCCGGGCUGUGCGGAAGAAGCCAGGAGCCCUGUCCCCCGUUUCCUUCAGCCCCGUCCUGGCCCAGAGCAUGGAGCAUGACGAGCACUCUUGUCCCUUUAAAAAAUCAAAGUCGCACCCCGCCUCCCUGGCCAGCAAGAAACCUAAAAGGGAACCAGGCUCGGACAGCGUCCCGCCUGGCUACGAGCCCAUCUCCCUGCUCGAGGCGCUCAACGGCCUCCGGGCCACCUCCCCGGCCAUCCCUUCCGCCCCCCUUUAUGAGGAAAUCACCUACUCUGGUGUCUCGGAUGGCCUCUCCCAGGCCAGCUGUCCCCUCGCCGGGGUGGAUCGCGUCUCAGACAGCAGCCACCAGAAGGUCAAGCCGAGGAGCAAGUCCCCUGACAGAGGGGGCGUGGCGCGCCCCAGGCCCAUGUGGCCACAGGCCUGGGCUGUCUCCCCGCCAGCGGCGGUGCCUGUGCCGGACCCUGGUGAGGCUGCUGCGGGCGUGGGGGGGCUGGAGACCCGCGGGGACGGGCCUGGUGCCGGGCCACCUGUGGCUCGGCCUCAGGCUCUCGGUAGCAGGCCUGCGCCGCCCGACCCCACGUGUCCCCUUCGUUUCCAGAGUUUCAUGACAGAGGAGGUUGAUGAGCCGUCGCUAAAGCAAGGGAGCCGAGCGCCCUCCAUCGAGAACGUGCUGCAGGACGGCAGCCCCGAGCACCGUGACCACGGCCAGCCGGGGCCCCCCGCCGACAUCUACCUGCCAGGAUGGUCCACCUCCAUGGAGACGCCCCGCAGCCUCCGGCCGCCGCUUGCCAGUCCCAGCCCUGACCCCGGGAACACUGAGCUGACCCCACUCUGAGCGUGUGGCCAGGCCGGCAGCUGGAGCCCUCAGCGCCCAGGCUCCGCCCGCCAGCCUCCCGUCCGCACCCCCGCGACCCUGCCUGGGAGCGCAUGGCCGGCCCCUCUGAGACCCCUCGAUGUAUGUGUCAGUGGUACAAGGUGAAGGACAGCGCUCAGUCCCAGGCGGGCUCAGGCUCUCCGCCCCUGCUGGCCACAGGGCGGGGCGCGCCAGGGGGCGACCCCUCCAGGAACUGGGCUCCCUGGCGGAGGAGCGGUCCCAGCCCAGCUGUGGGACCAGUUGCUGGGAGGACGCGGCAGAGUCGUACCAAGGGAGGACGGUGUCCGCCCCUCCCCGUGUCCCUGUGCUCCGCAGUGGCCACGCUGAGGCCUUUGCUCCACUGCUGCCCCGGAGGCCCCAGUCUGCACCCGAGGCGAAGGCAGAGGUGUGGACCCCGCCCGUGCAGCGCCAGGCGUCCUGGGGCCUGCUUGGGGGGUGCUGCUCUGGCCAGACGCCCGGGUGGAGGGCG